UUCAACACUACUAUAUAACAAAUAAUUUUAGUUUUUAGGAAUGGCCGAAGCCAGGCUUGCAGUAGCCUUUCAGGUCCAAGUAACAGAUGAAGGUGAAUUUAAAGUCCACUUGGACAGAAGAAUACUUCAUGACGUGUACAGAUCCAUUAAACGUGUAAUCAAGAGGAAGAUAUUCAAGUCCCGAAAUGCUGCCAUACAGAGUGUAUUUCCAGCAACCGGAAUUUCGUGGAGUUUCUUCUUUGUGGUGUUUGGAGCGAUGCAGAUUUUAGGGGAGACAUCCGACACUGAGAGUGUUAUUCAGGAAAAGAUACCGCAAUUUGGCAGGUUAGACCCAGUUACCAGAACAAUCCUGGUAACUCUAGUCAGUACCACACUUCUCUGGCUGGUCUGGUCAUUCUUCCUCCGCAACUUCCUCAAACUACUCCUCACUUACCAGGGUUGGAUGUGGUCUCCUCAUGGUGCGACAGUGACGACGAAGCCCACCUUCCUUGAUAAGCUAACCGAACCUUUGAUAUAUCUCAUGACGGGGAAGCGAACCCUGCCGUGGAAAUUGUCGAUAGGAGUAAAAGCCUGGAUGAUGACUUGUAAGAUUAUAAUGGGAAAGCGUCCUAAACUGAUGUCAUUACAGAACUGCAUGCCAAGUCUACCCGUACCUUCUGUAGCGGAUACCAUGAAACGGUAUCUGUUGACUGUUCGACCGUUUGUGAACGACGAGGAAUACACAAGACUCCAAAACUUAGCUGAAGAGUUUAAGAAUGGUCUUGGUAAACGAUUGCAGAGAUACCUGUGGGUCAAGAGCUGGUGGUCCUCCAAUUAUGUGAGUGACUGGUGGGAACAGUAUGUUUAUCUACGUGGCAGAUCUCCGCUUAUGAUAAACAGCAACUACUACUGUUUGGACGCAAUUCAGUUUACUCCAACUCACGUCCGCUCUGCUAGACUAGCUAACAUCAUCACAUCCCUCAUGAAAUUCAAGAACGAUGUCGACAGACAGACACUUGCUCCGAGAUUCGCUAUGGGAACAGCGCCGUUGUGUUGUGAACAGUACCCUAGAACUUUCAGUACCACCCGACUUCCUCAACUCGUCCAAGACACAAUCGAGCAUUAUACUGACGCUAAACACGUAGCCCUCUACAGUCAAGGUAAAUGGUAUGUGCUCAAUGUCAUCUCCGGAGGGAGGCAGCUCACACCUAUUGAGUUGCAGAAACAAAUCAUCUGGAUCGAGGAAGCAAGUAAAACAGACGUUGCAUCACCCGGAGAGGAAGAUCUGUCGGCGAUGACGUCUGGCGAGAGGAGCAAGUGGGCCUCUUUCAGAGAGACCUUCUUCAGCAAGGGAACAAACAGACACUCUCUUCAUCUCAUAGAGCAGUCGCUGUUUGUCGCCAUCCUUGAUGACAGUGAGCCGGGGUAUGACAAGGAAAACCCAGAUAUGCUGGAUGACUACGCUAAAGGAAUGUUGUGUGGGGACCAUAUCUGGUACGAUAAGAGCUUCAACGUCGUCGUCUUCAAGAACGGAAAGAUUGGGAUGAACGCUGAGCACUCGUGGGCGGACGCUACAAUCAUCUCCCAUUUAGCAGAAGAGUGUUUUAACUGGGACAUAGAGCUUGGCUACGACGCUAAUGGUAACUGUAGAGGACAACCACGUGACGACACCAUCCUCUCCCCUCCUAGGAGACUCAGAUGGGAUAUUCCUGCAGAGGCAGUAGAUCAGGUAGAAGUAGCGCGAGGUGUAGCUGAUGAUAUGAAGGCAGACCUGGAUCUACAUAUCAUGAAACACGACAACUACGGGAAAGGCUUUAUCAAGACCUGUAAAAUCAGUCCUGAUGCUUACAUCCAGAUAGCACUGCAACUUGCUCACUACAAAAAUCAAGAUAAGUUCUGUCUCACAUACGAGAGUUCAAUGACGAGGCUGUUUAGAUCCGGUAGAACAGAAACAGUGCGGUCCUGUACUUCAGAGGCCUGCGCGUUUGCCAGGGCUGUCAUUGAGAAAGAACCUAUUGUAUCGACAUCUCAGAAAGACGAAUGUAAAGCAUUACUAAAAACAGCAGUCAACAGACACACUGACCUUUUCCGUGAGAGUAUGAGUGGCAAAGGAGUUGAUCGGCACAUGUUCUGUCUUUACAUUGUGAGCAAGUUCCUCGGCGAAGAAUCUCCCUUCCUUCAGGAAGUAUUGAGUGAACCCUGGAGGUUGAGCACAAGUCAGACCCCCUACGGUCAGGGAACCCACACUGAUCUCCGCAAAUUCCCGGACAGGAUAUCCGCCGGAGGAGGGUUUGGUCCUGUAGCUGAUGACGGUUACGGAGUCUCCUACAUCAUUGCUGGAGAAGAUAACAUCUUCUUUCACGUCUCCUCUAAAAAAGCUUGUCCUAACACGAAUUCAAGAAAGUUUGCGGCUGACAUCGAAGAAGCAAUGCAGGACAUCAAAAAUCUCUUCCACUAACAGUGACUUAAUUCGUCUACGUCUCCACUCUCCAUAUAUAAUUAUAUACUAUUACCUGACACUUCGCCUCACGAUUGGAACGAAUUUGUAAAUUCCACCAUGCAUAAACAUUAAACACUAUAAUUAUGAAAUCAGCGUAAACAUUAGAAACGCUAUUAAUGAUUUUAUUUUGGAGCUUCAAUUUAUGGAUUGAAUGAUCGCUCUGAACAGAAUUUGAACUUGUUUUACCUUCUCGUAUCAAAAACCAUUAUAUAUACUUAUUUGUAUCAUAAACUAUUGGGUAUUUUGUAUAUUAGUCAUAGAUUUCAUUAAAGAACGUGGAUAUUUGAGAAGCUGUAGAGGAUAAACUUUGCGGAUGAGAUUAAAUUAAACGCUGUUUUAGUAUUUUAGUUUCAAACGUGCAUUUAUAUUGGUACAGAUCCAAACACCCUUCCAUCCCAAUGCUCAACCGACCACUACUUAUUUUUGUAAAUUACAACAUAACGUGUUCUUUAGUUCUAAUAUGAGCUGUUAUUUAAAUUUUAAUGUUGAUACAAAAUAUGUUAAGAUUCGGCAUUAUAUUUAUUCACCAUGAUCUGCUGUUUUCUACCGUCAGUAAACGGGGAUCUCUCGACAUGGUGACGUUUUUUAGAGAUAAGAUACAAUUGCAAUGAUAAAUUUAACUCUUAACUUGUUUUUAAUUUAAAAGUAAUGUUAGGUCAGUUUACUACGUUAGAUUUUAUUUUAGGUUUGUAAAUAUUUAAAGCUGUCAGACAAUGAAAUGACAACUGCACAAAAUGUGGCAGAUCUCAAAUUAAGACUGACAGUAAUUGAUUUAUAAAGAUGUAUCAUUAUGUCAUUUGUAUUUACCUAAAAGAGUAGUAAUUGCACGAGACAAAGCCCAGCGUAGGUCUGCUGUAGAUAUUACCUGGGGACCCCAGGCUAUUAUGUUGAUAAACAAUAGAGAUUCGGCGGAAUGACAGGCUGAGCGCCGCCCAGUAACUGUAGAUAUAGAGAACUGUACAAUUGAUCAGCCCGGAGUUCAGAACCUUUUAUCUUACCAUGAGAUUUGGAGAAACUGUGCAAUUUGAGAACUUUGAUCAUUGUGUUGAGUCUCGUAACAUUUUUGCAGAAGUGCAGGUGAACCACAACCACAUUGCGGGUAAUAUAAUUUGGUGCGGUCACUCUACCGUAGAUAACUCAAUUAAACCAGCUUCUUUCCCGGAGAUUAUGAAGAAAUUGAAUGGUCUCUGAUCCAAUCAAGACACACAUACAGUUUUGAUUCGGAUUCAUGGUUUGGUUCUUAGCACAUGGUCCUUCCAACUAUUUUAAGGGACCAGCAACAGUUCUGAGCAUCACGCACUUCAGAUCGAGUUCCGUUUUCUAUAAACCUGGUUCAGUGAUCCCGGUUAUAUGCGCAUCUAGCACGUCCUUGUGAAAUAUGAAUACCUUACUUUAAUCGCAUUAAUAUUUACGGAGGCAUUUUAUUUCAAUGGUAAAACUUAACAGCUGGUUUACUUUACGUUACAUUGUUAUCAAAAGUAGACGUCUGCCUGCAAUCCUGUACAUAAUAUCCUCUGCAAAACUCUACAACUGAACACGUCCUUUAUUUGUGAACUUAGCAUGAAACCCCAGUCACGUUGCAACUGCGGCACUUCAUCUACCUCAUUUCAGUAUAUGUUCCUUUGUCUUAAAGCUGAUUUAUUCGCACCAGCUGUGGUAAAAUGAUACAGUCUAGCUCCAGAGGAACCUCUCCUUUGAUUCACCAUAACUCGAUAAGGCAGGCUGUUUUAAAGAUAGCAUUUAGGUCCAUGUGUUUUUAGUUUCUAUCACAUCUAAGAUUAUAUUUAGUAUUCUGUUUUAGACCUAGAUUUUAGAUUUAAAUUGUCAUUGUUGACUUUGUCAAUGCUAUUGAAGGCUAACGUGUCCUGCAAAAAUGCAGUUUACCGAA